GUAGAUUUAUCAAUUAACUAAGGAAACUAAACUUUAAAAAAGUUUAGUUUCUUAGCGGCAAUAAUUUCUUAUAUUUACUAUCGUAUUUUAUCUAACAGUAACAAAAUUUCGUGAAUCACAUCUUGCCAUUCGAAUGAUGCUUGUAAUUUAAAAGACACGCAUCACGCAUUAGUAUUUGAUAAAAAGUUUACAACAAAAGUAAAAAAGGAACAACUGUAAACUAGCCGUCUCAUUCGCAUAUAAUUGAAUGUUUUGAGUCAAAUAAGACUGAUCAAUUGUCAACUUUAAUGCUCAUUCUAUGCAGUAAAUAAUAUUAAAAUGUAAUAAAAACAACUGCGAUAUUAAUGACAGAAAGGUUCGGUUUCGACAGCUUUCAUAAAUCACAAAUCAGGCAUUUCGGCCAUCACAAUAAAUAUUUUUAAUAAAUAAUGAUAUAACUAUACUAUAUCAGAAUGUCUGCGGACCAAAAUAAAAAUGCGUAAAUUCGUUAAUUUAAAUUGUUUAUUAGAGUCAAAUGAACCGCCCAUUUACCCUAUCGAUGCCAUCCAGAAUUUAAGGCAAGUAGUCUUCGCACCACUAUCACAAUACAGACCAAUCAUUGGAGAAGCAUUGCAAAGGACAAAUUUUAAGUAUCACAGGAGCUGCAGCCUUUCUAGUUUAAUUCGGGAAUGUGAAGCUUCAGAGGGCCAGACAUUGCUCAUAUUUUGGGGCAGUCGGAGGUCAGAUAGCAGAGUCACUAUCAAUAUGUCUGCAUCAAGCUGCUCGUCCUUGCAGGUACCGCCGAGUGUGCACAGUCAUAGUAAUCAGCCCGAAAGAGAAAUGCGGUCCACGGCACAGCAGACUGAUAUUAGCUGCAGAUUGCCACCCGCUGUUGCUUCUCCCGUUAACGUUAUGGAUUUACAAGAACAACAACUGUUGCGCGAACGACUCGCCGGAUCGCUGACGUACUCAUCUCCCGCUUCCUCGCUGCUGCAGCCCCACCCGCGCUCUAUGUCCAUCCUGGGAUCAGUUUGUGCUUUGCUACUAAAAAAGCAGGGUUCGAGCGGCAAGGAAGCGAUAAGCGCGUCCGGCAGCGUGCAUUCGGAGCACAUCUGCCGCAUCUGUUUCGGAGGCGAGUCGGCCGAGCGCCUGGUGCGGCCGUGCUGCUGCCGCGGAACCAUCGCCGCCGUUCACCGCUCCUGCCUCGAGCGUUGGUUGUUGCAGGCGGCCACCUCUUAUUGCGAGCUGUGCCGUCACCACUACGUCGUCACCCGAAGUCACAAGUGGUCAUGGGCCCGGUCGGUGUGGGAGUGGGGUGUGUCAGGUCGCGGACGCGCCCUGGCGGCGGACGUGUGGCGUGGCGUAGCGCUGGGCGCGGCUUCCGUUCUGGGCACGGCGCGCGCGUUGCACGCUUGUGACGCCGCGCUGCAGGCCGGAGCCAGACGGGGCGGCGGCGCCGCACUAGCCGCCAACCUCUUCUCCUCGGUGCUCAUCGGCAUCAUUGUGUACGGUGUGGCAGGCGCGCUGAACGGCUUGCUGACGACAUGGAUGCUGCUGAAGAUCCAGGAACACCAGGCCUCGUGGCGCGCGUGGCGCGACAGUACCCUUCACGUGCACGUCUCCCUGGGUGAGCCGUCGGUGGCGCCCAGCGAUAGCUCACUGGCCACCGUGGUGGGCACGGCCGACCGCGCUACCAACGUCGCGGACCCUUUCAUGGUCAAUUCGCCCUUCCCUCUAUCCGAGCUCUGACCUUCGUAUUUGCCGUCGACCACAUCGUCUACUUGAUCACUCUCCUCGAUCGUCCCUAAUCGAAGUUAGACUUGGUAUGUCUCAAUUUUUUAUUCUAUUCCUCGCGUUCACU